GGCUGGGCCUGGGGAGCGGAGCCGGCCGGGGAGGCGCCGGUAGCCGGCUCCUCCUUUGCGCACGUGUCUGCCGCGGGGCCGGGGGCCUCACCGACUAACCCCUGCUGCGCUGCCCCUGUGCGCGGGCAGCGCUCAGCGCCCUCCCUGCUGGGGCCCGCGGGCGCCGCACCGCACAGCGACAGGCUGGUGCCUGGAGCCAGAGCUGCUCCAGCCGGCGCGAUCCGCACCUGAGCCGCCAUCCCGGCUGCGCCGGUGCCGCUGCAGCGCGGAGCCUGAGCAGCGGCCCGUCACGUGGCAUACAUAUCACGACACCUUAUCUGUCAUUGGAGAUUUAUUCCAUAGCAGCCAAUAAGCAAGGGUGAAACAUGAGGACAAAUCCCGCCAUUCAAGCUGCCAUCGACCUCACAGCAGGUGCAGCAGGUGGGACUGCAUGUGUGCUAACCGGCCAGCCCUUUGAUACAGCUAAGGUGAAGAUGCAGACAUUUCCCAGCAUGUAUAAAGGACUCAUUGAAUGUAUUGUGAAGACAUAUAAACAAGUUGGAUUGCGAGGCUUCUAUAAAGGGACCACUCCAGCACUUGUAGCCAACAUAGCAGAAAACUCAGUCCUGUUCAUGUGCUAUGGGUUUUGCCAGCAGAUUGUGAGGGGAGUUGUUGGAUUAGACAGGAAAGCAAAACUGAGUGAUCUUCAGAAUGCAGCUGCAGGCUCUUUUGCUUCUGCAUUUGCUGCCUUGGUCCUAUGUCCCACAGAGCUGGUGAAGUGUCGGUUGCAGACCAUGCAUGAAAUGCAAUUAUCUGGAAAGAUAAUACAAGGACACAAUACAGUUUGGUCAGUAGUGAAAAGUGUUAUUCAAAAGGAUGGCCCACUCGGGUUCUACCAUGGUCUGUCAAGCACUUUACUUCGGGAAGUCCCAGGUUAUUUCUUCUUCUUUGGAGGCUAUGAACUGAGUCGGACAUUUUUUGCAGCGGAGAGACCAAAAGAUCAACUAGGGCCUAUUCCUUUGAUGGUGAGUGGUGGUUUUGGAGGCAUCUGCUUGUGGAUUGCUGUUUAUCCUGUGGACUGUGUCAAAUCUAGAAUUCAGGUUCUUUCCAUGUCUGGAAAACAGGCAGGCUUCAUGGGAACAUUUGCAAAUAUUUUGCGAAAUGAAGGAGUAUUUGCCUUGUAUUCUGGACUAAAACCUACUUUGAUUCGUGCAUUCCCAGCCAAUGGUGCACUGUUCCUUGCCUAUGAGUACAGCCGCAAGAUGAUGAUGGAACAAGUUGACAUGUACUGAAAUCUUCCAGCAGCAGGUUUAGGUUAACCUUUUUAAAAAGAACUGUAGGGCUUGAAUGGGUACAAAAUCAAUAGCAUGACAUCAGAGAAACUCAGUCAAUUUAGGAUUUAAAAAAAAUCUUUUUAAAGUAAACGGAUUUUGUAGA